GAAUAAAGCUUUCAAAAUCAUAUUUUAUAAGUUUAAUUUGAGGGAAGCUUUUUCAGUAGCUUCCUAAUCAAAAUCAGCUGUUAUUGCGCCGCAACAAAAUACAAGUUUUAUCUCCCGCGCUCGUUGCUUGCCGCUGAGUGAGUGCGCUGUGCUGAGAGUGAGUAAGAUAAUAAAUCACACAUUGUAUACUAUUUAACGGGGACAGCAACAAAAACACAAAGUUAACUGCUUUAGCAAGCGAUAAACACAAGCACGUGAGAGCCAACACUAUUGCUGUGCUGGUGAGAUUUGUGAGGUUCAUAGAAGCGCAACACAGCGCCGAUCGCCACUACCCCAAAAGCAGCGACUCAGCUACACAUCGACGGCCGGUUAUCACAAAGGGAGUUAAUUUGUGUCAGCCCUAAAAAACUAGGUUUCAUAAAAAUAUUUGCUCACAAAAUAUAGCAAUGGGAACAGGCGCCAAAAAUUACCAGCCACCGGAAUGGAUUACAGCCGAAUUUCUGCAGGACGUGCUGAAGGAGUACUUCAAAGAUAACACGUUGGAAGUGCACGAGUUGGUGGUGAAGAGCGCAUUAAAUGGUGAGAAAGGUAGCGGCUAUGCCAGCGAAAUGCACCGUGCCACUUUCAACUUGGCACGGAAGGACGGCAACGGCCGCUUUUCGGUGAUCGUCAAAGAUCACCCAAAGGGCUACACUGGUGUUGUUGCGCACAAGAGUAAACUGUUCAAACGUGAAAUAUUGGCGUAUAAAGAAAUACUUCCCCGCGUGGAGGAAUUGCUGGCUUCUAUUGGUGAUAAAACCAAAAUUGCACCCGCCUGUUACUACACCACCGAGACACCUGAGCCGUUCCUUGUGCUUGAGGAUAUGCAACUAACGGGUUUUGAGAACUUUGAAAGGUGCCGUUUGCUCAAUCUAGACUACACUUUGCCAACCAUUGAAAAGCUAGCCAAGGUGCAUGCUUGUUCUGCAGUUAUAGCGAAAGAGACACCCGAGGUUUUAGAGUUCUUCCAAGAAACACCAAUUUCCAGAAAUCCAGAACGCAAGGAUUUUCUUAGCUUCUUUCCGGUGAAUAUACGCUGUGUUGCCGAAGAGUUGACCCAUUGGAAGGGUUAUGAAGAGAUCACUGAAAAAAUGUUUACAUUGGCUGAAAACGUGCUUCAGAAUGCUGUGGAAAUGUAUGAAUCGCACGACCAAGGCUUCCGUGUGCUCAAUAUGGCCGAUUUGUGGAUCGACAACCUGAUGUUCCAUGUCAACAAUGACACGAAAGAGCCCGAUGAUGUGGUUAUGUUGGAUUUCCAAUUAUCAUAUUACGGUUCGCCGGCCAUGGAUCUGAAUUACUUCCUUUUCGGUUCGCUAAACGAAAAUGUACGGAAGGUGCAUUUCAAAUUCAUAGUGCGUGAAUAUCAUCGUAUUUUGAAGGAAACACUCGAGAAGCUGCAUUACAGCGGUGAAAUACCUACGCUGAAGGACAUAAACAUUGCGCUUAUACAGAAUAGCCUGCAAGGAGUUAUCGCCGCCACAUGUCUCACCCCACUAAUAUUUAUGGAAUCGACAGGAGAUGAAAAAUUGGAGAACCUCACCUCACGAACUGAAGAAGGCGAUCAGAUGCGACGCCAGAAUGCUGAAAAUCCCAAAUAUCGUGCAUUCCUGCAGCGUACAGUGAAGGAGUUUGAGCUGUGUGGCUUUUUAGACGCAUGAAACUGACUAACUUGAAUAUGGCUGAGUAAUGAGAACGAAAAACGAACUGUUUAUGAUUAUAACUCAAAUAAAAUUAUAUUGAAA